ACGUCGCAAGCGCCACGUCUGUCUGUACCAAAUCAGUACCUGUCACCCUUACGCCCAGACACAGCCUGAGACAAGUACCAGGCGCGUACCACUCACACAACACCGCAUAAUGCAAAUCACCCCAAGAUGCCCAAGAAAUCAGGCUCUUUGAACUCUCAACGUCAUGAAUCUUCAUCAUCUCGAGGCUGUACAACUCACCGUGAGGCGUUACGCCUCCCGUAUAUGCGCGCCUCUGCGUGUGUUGCACAGCUUCUGCGUGUGUUGCACAGCUUCUGCUUCUGCUUCUGCUUCUGCUUCUGCUUCUGCUUCUGCUUCUUCCACAGCCCAAUAUGCCGCUCCGUCCGUAGCACAUGGCGCCACCUCCAGUCGUCUUAACGGUCACGAGUAGAACAUUGCGUGUAAUCCUGUAAUCAAUUCUGUUUCAUUUGUCUCUCGGCUUCGUCGAAUAAAGAGGCCAAUUCAUCUUCUUUGCAAUUCAAUUCGCUGCCAUUGCGGAAAUUGUGCCACGGCUCGUGUAUCAAAUCCUGUCUAGCAGCGGCGCGGCACGGCUCGGACUCGGGACCACCUAAAACAAGUUGAUGUCCGAAGCUUCACGGCGGCGAGCCAAUCGCUGGCAAGCACAUCUUGUCC